AUGAUUAUGCGUGGUGUACUCGGCCCAGUAAAAGCUUACUUUGGUACGGUUGAAAGUCAAGGACGAGGUUCUCUUCACUUACAUCUUCUUAUUUGGCUUGAUCAUGACAUGACACCUGCUGAUCUCAAAGAAAAUAUUCAAGAUGACAAUUUUCGUCAAAGAUUAAAAGCAUACUUAGAAGACAUUAUCAAAGAAGAUCUCGAUGACUUCAAGGAAAAACAUGCGUCCGAAAAUUCAAGCACACCAAGUUCAUUCAAUACUUCUCAAAAAACCUCACAGGACAAUAUCUACGCAACCUUACGCACUAUCAAUUUGACAAGCGAUGGCCAAAACGAACCUCAGCCUGUUCUUCGAGUGACACCAAGAAAAGGGCAACAAUCUCCAACAGUGCCGGGCUGCGCGUCAACUAUUUCUUUUAGGUCGCCAUCAGCGCCUGGUUGCGCGUCAACUAUUUCUAUUGGUUCUCCAUCAGCAUCGGGUUGUGCGUCAACUAUUUCUUUUAGUUCCCCAUCAGCACCGGGUUGCGCGUCAACUAUUUCUAUUGGUUCACAAUCCCGACAUCAGCCAUUGCGAACACCAACUCGUGAUCAAUCAACAUCGGAUAUGAAUAUUUCAAAUGAUAAUAACUGUAAUUUGUGUCCAGCUUGCUUAUUUGCUCCAAAUCCAUCGUCGCCUAAUUUUUCAUCACGAUUUCGAAGAGAUGUAGUACAACUAGUUGAAACAGGCAAUAAACAUAAACAUUGCGACACUUGCUAUAAAUAUUGCAAUAAGCAUCGAGGCGAUAAAAAAAUAUGCCGUCUGCGUAUGCCACGUAAAGUAGUUGAAGAUUCGACGAUUGAUCCAGAAACUGGUCAAAUAUCUAUGCGACGAUCGGAUCCAUGGAUCAAUAAUUUUAACGAAUAUAUUAUAUCAGCUUGUCGUUCAAAUAUGGAUAUUAAAUUUAUCUGGACUGGUGGUGAUGCAAAAGCUCUCGUUUAUUAUAUUACUGAUUAUGUGACAAAACAGAGUCUCUCUUUUCAUGAUACACUUUCUCUUGUACAGAAAUGUAUUACAUCUAAUAUGAAUCCGUCUGAUUCAACGAAUAAACAAAAUGCAAUUGAAAAAUCGCGAAAACUCGUUUUACGGUGUUAUAAUGCACUUGCUUCUCAACAAGAGCUAUCUGGAGGCCUUUAUCUAAUUCAAACUGAAAGAUACUUACAAGCACAGUUGAAUGAAAUACGCUCAAAACAAAAAUUGACAGUUUUGGCAGAAGAUAUAACUCAGGAAGAUGUAUACGAUGAUGACGAUGAAACUACUAAUGAUAAAGCUACUAAUGAUGAAAAUAAUGAUGAAGAACAUUUUCAAAUUCAAUCAACUGAUCAUGAUAAAAACUACGUACUCGUUAACACAAGAAUUGAUUAUCAAUAUCGUUCUGAUGUUCUCAAUGACAUGUGUUUAUAUGACUUUGUUAGCACUGUAUAUAAGAAAAAGAUGAAUGCAACUGAUUUAAAGUAUUUAUCAACGGAUAUAGAAUCACAAGAAAUAGAUAAAAACCGGGUAGGUCGACCACCUAAUAAACGUUAUCCUUUUCAAAGCCAACAUCCACAAGCAGAAACAUAUGUUUUGAUGGAAUACAGUGAACUUCAUGUACCGAUUCUCUAUGGUCCGCAAAUUCCUCGACAAAAUCGUGAUGAUACUCGAGAACGAUAUUGUCGAGCUCUUCUUACACUUUUUGUACCCUGGCGCACCGUCAAUGAUCUUUGUGACCUCAAUCAAACAUGGGAUGAUGCUUAUAAAUCUCGUAAAGAACAUAUUGCCACUUCUUCAUGGACGAUUAUACAGAAUAUUCAACUUUUACAUGAAUGUAAGAAGGAUCGUGAUGCACAUCUACUUCAAGUUAUUACUGAAGCUCAAACUGAUAAUGAUGAAAUUGAUCCUGCUAUUUUACCUUCGAAUCAAAAUUUUGAUGAUGAUCACGAUGUAGACGAUAAUGAAGGUUUAUUAGAGCUGUUAAACAACUUAGAUGAAUAUACAACUACAGCAAUUAAUGCUGGCAAAAAAACAACAGAAGAUACAUAUAUCCAAGAAACUAUCGAAGCAGUCGAAAAUGUUGGACGAUUUAGUGAUAUAAACGUUCGUGAUCAAUCUUCUUCAAAUGAGUUUAUUGCUUCUACAAAUCAACAACUUGUACCAUUUGUUUCUGCGACACAAAAUCUUGUUCUGCUAAACAAAAAAUGGCAAGAACAAUUGAAAACUGAAAGGGAACGAGUUAGGCGAACUUUAAUUACAGGCAACUAUGACACAGAAGAUGAUUCAUUUGAUUCAAAUGUUGCAAAAGAUGCUAUUGUAACAGUGAUGAAUCCAAAUAGUAAUGAUGAUGAUAACAAUCUUGGAAAUCGUGAUUCAAUUCUUCCAGUUAUGUCAGUUACAAGUGACUUUCCCACGCAAAAAAGUAUCGCUCGUGAAUUUACAUUAAAUAGAGAACAACGUGCUGCAUUCAUGAUCAUUACAAGUCAUCUUGAUGGUGAUAGUGACUGUCGUAAAGGUGAUAAUAAUGGUCAACUUAUAAUGUGCAUACCUGGAUGUGGUGGUACAGGAAAAUCACAACUUAUUCGUGCUCUUAGUAAAUAUUUCGUUGUCACCAAAAGAAUGCAGAUGAUGCGUAAAUUAGCACCUACUGGAAUUGCAGCUGCUGAAAUUGGUGGUAUGACAAUUCAUUCAUUUUUAGGUGAACAACGUAAUUCUAGAACGCCACGAACAAUCAAACCAGGUGAUUUAAAACUUGAAAAAGAAUGGCGACUAGUCGAAUAUUUGUUGAUCGACGAAAUGAGUAUGGUUGGUUUACAUCUGUUAGCAAAACUUAAUCGAAUCAUUUGCUCUGCAAAACAUGUCGAUCCUAAUAUUCCAUUUGGUGGCAUAAACGUUAUUUUCUUCGGUGACUAUUUGCAGUACCGACCUAUCUACGAUGCACCAUUACAUACUGAUUUUUCUUUACCAUCGAGACAAAAAUCAGAUAAAUUGCUCAGUGAAAAAGAACUACAGCAACGCGUUGCACGUUCUUUAAUACUACAAAUCAACUGUGUUGUAAAACUCACUGAGCAAAUGCGAACGGAAGAUCGUCGAUAUCUUCAGCUUCUCGAUAACCUUCGUCAUGGAAAAUGUGAUCGUGAUGAUUAUGAGCUGCUGUUAUCACGAGUUGUAGGUCAACCAUCAGUGAAGUCUCUAUCUGAUUCACCGUGGGAUAAAGCGCCCAUUCUCGUAUUUCGAAACGCAGUACGGACAAAAUUGAACAACAAGGCAGCAAUUCAUAAGGCAGCAGAGAUAGGACAAGCGCUCAUGUGUGAUAGUAAAACAGAGCAUUUACCUGGUCUUUUACCUUUGGUUCCUGGAAUGCCUGUCAUUUUAACACAAAAUAUUGCUAUAGAAUUGGGCCUUAUUAAUGGAAUGAAUGGAAUCUUUCGACAACUUGUUUAUGAAGAAGAUUCUGUUUCAACAGACGUUGUUUCAGAAACAUUUCCUAACAAUACACAAUAUAUACGUAAACCUUUAUACGCCAUAAUUGAAAUCGUCAGAUCGAAGAUUGAAUGUAACUUCGAACAACUUCAAUCAAAUCUCGUUCCAAUACCAUUGAUGGAACAAACAUUUCGCAUUAAUUUAGCUGAUAUUCUACCAAAAGAUAAGAAACCAAAAUCAAAUCACCAGACAUUUUUAUCGAUUAAACGACGUGCAUUACCAAUUGUCCCUGCAUAUGCUAUUACAACACAUAAAAGUCAAGGUCAAACGUUAAAUAAAGUUGUAAUUGAUUUAAAACUACCAAGUGGAACUGACGAUCUUGCUGCAAUUUAUGUACCAUUGUCACGUGUGAAAUGUUCAAAUGAUGUAGCUAUAUUAAGAUAUUUCGAUUACAAAGUUUUAUCAAUCAAACCAGGCAAAUCUCAACUUGCUGAAAUCGAAAGACUAGAUAAAAUAUAUGCAGCGACACAACUGCGUUUUGCUCAGUGGUUCUAA